UAAGAGAAGAAGAUGAAACAUUCAUGGGAAAAGACGCGACCUCACUUUCACGGCACUUCUUCCCAAGCGAACUGGUUAGAAAGCCCUAAAAAUUCCACACUCCAUUCUUGUGGGUGCUCUGCCUCCUGGCCUGCUCUCGUCCUGGGAUGUCAUCUCUGGGCAUACACCAUCAUCUAACUAUAUCCAGUCCGUUCGAUUUCCUGCCAAUCGCCACAUCGGCAGCGGAUUCUGCCCGUUGAUCCGCGUUGUGUGCAUUCCUCGCAGAGUCGAGCUCCAGAUGAUUCUUUACCGGGAGACAUUUAGGUCGCUUGAACAUAUGCCAACAGGACCAUGUCCAUGGGGGGUCUAGAACCUGAUAUCAAAAGACACCCACCAGAAUAUGAUGAGCAAAAUGAAGGUCAAAUGUCUCCUGGAGCAGCAAUUGAUGUUAGACACCAGAGUCAAAGCCCCAAGGAUUCCUCAAUCGUAGACAGUGACGCGGUCAUUGAUACUGAGAAUGAGUGUACAAGCCCAAAUAUUGGUCCCGCUUGUCCCGAGUCUGAUGGGAAAUAGUGAUGAUUGUCUGAAUUCAAGCAUUUUGUGUGAUCGCAAUUUUCAGAUUGAGGCUGCGAAUGGUAUUCUCUCUCGGGAAUCAGACAUUUCCUCUGUUAAUGUAUCAAGUAGCAGUAAUGUCAUAAAAGCUGAGGGGGAGCCAUCCAUGGUACCAAAAAUUGGCUUGGAGUUUGAUUCAGAAGACCAUGCUUACAAGUGUUAUAGCAGGCACGCUGUUUUGAAAGGCUUCAGCAUAAGAAAAGAUUUUGUCAACAAAAGUAGGGUGAAUGGUGCUGUGGUAUCUAGAAGAUACACUUGCUACAGACAGGGCUAUAGGCCUAAUAAACAUAAUGCCGGUGUGAGGAAAUCCCAGCCAGAGACAAGGACUGGAUGCCUGGCACAUAUGACUAUUGCUCGUCAGCCUAAUGGCAAGUUUCGUGUCACUCAUUUUGAAGCAGAGCACAAUCAUGAGUUUGCAACACCCUGUACUGCUCAUAUGUUACCAUCGCAGAGAAGAUUGAGUUUUGCUCAAGCAGUUGAAUCUAACGGGUCUAAUAAUUCUGUGUUGGAUGGGGUACCAAGAGUUGGAAUGGGAUUUGAUUCAGAAGAUCGUGCAUAUGAGUUUUAUAAUACAUAUGCUGGACGUGUAGGUUUCAGUGUACGGAAGGAUUAUGUAAAUAGAAGUAAAAUUGAUGGUGCUGUAGCCUCUAGAAGGUUCACAUGCUUUCGAGAAGGUUUUCGGCAGAAAGACAAACGUGAUAUGAAUGUGAAGAGGCCUCGAAAAGAAACUAGAAUUGGAUGUUUAGCACAACUGGUAAUUUCUCGUCAACCGGAUGGUAGAUAUUGUGUAACUCAUUUUGAAGAAAAGCAUAAUCAUGAGCUCGUUGCUGCUUGUAGAGUUCACAUGUUACGAUCACAGAAGAGAAUAGCCACGAUUCAAGCCAUUAAGAACAACAUGGUAGAUGCUUCCGUGGUGCUUCCUGAGUCUGGAUCAAAUUGCAAGGCUAUUGAAGGUUUAGAUGACCGGGGUUGUGACCCCAUAGAAUAUGGAAAUAAAUUGCCCUUAAAGUGCACAAGAGAAAUGAAAGAGGGAGAAGUUGAAAAGCUAAAGCAUCACUUUCGAAUCAAGCGAUCAAAAAAUCCUUCCUUCUUUUAUGCUUUUCAACUUGAUUCUGAUGAUCAAAUAACUAAUAUGUUUUGGGCUGACACAAAGAUGGUAGGAGACUACUGUGAUUUUGGUGAUGUUGUUUGUUUUGAUUGUAGUUACAGAUUUUAUGGAGACUCCCGCCCUUUUGCUCCAUUUCUUGGUGUCAAUAAUCACAAGCAAAUGCUUAUCUUUGGGGCUGCGCUUCUAUAUGAUGAAACGAUUGAAUCUUUCAAGUGGCUAUUUCAAGUCUUCUUGGAGGCGAUGUCCAGAAGACAGCCAAAGACAAUUCUUAUAGAUCAAGAUGAUAUAAUAGCUGAAGCAGUGUCUUCUGUCUUGCGUGAAACUAACUGCCAAAUCUGUGCAUGGCAUGUGUACCAAAAUGCACUAAAUCAACUUGGUCACAUGUUUAUGGGAUCUAAUUCUUUUGUUAAUGAUUUGAGAAGCUGCUUUUUCGAUCACGAGGAGGAGGAUGACUUUGUUAAUGCAUGGAAUGAUUUCCUGGGCAGGUAUAAUCUUUGGGAAAAUGAAUGGUUGUGUCGAAUAUAUGAAAGUAGAGACAACUGGGCCUUAGCAUAUGGAAGGCAAAAUUUCUGUGCUGACAUAACGAGUGUGCUUUGGAGAGAAAAUCUUACUGGUGGCUUGAAGAAGCAGCUAACGAAUGAUACGGAUGUGCUAUCAUUUGUCAAGUAUCUUGGGAAGGUGGUGGCUGAUUGGCACUAUAAGGAAUUAGAAGCCAAUUAUGAUAUGAGCCAGCGUAUGCCAGCACUGAUGGGAGAUGUGAUUCUUUUGAAGCAUGCAAGAGAUCCAUAUACACCUAAGAUAUUUGAGUUAUUUCAGAAGGAAUAUGAAACUUGUUUAAAUCUAGUGAUAAAGCAUUGCAGUGAAAGUGGAUCAUUGUACAGGUAUAAAGUUAGCAUAUAUGAGCACGUACGAGAGUAUACCGUUACCUUUGAUUCAUCUAAUGAGACUGUCAGCUGCACCUGUAUGAAAUUUGAGUCGAUGGGAGUCCUAUGCAGCCAUGCAUUAAAAGUUCUUGAUUACAGGAAUAUAAGGAUACUUCCAUCAUUGUACAUCUUAAAGAGAUGGACAAAAGAUGCGAGACUAGAUUUCUGGAAGCAAACUUGAACACACUAUUAGAGGUAGAUGGUGAACGUCGUCUUCCUGUGAAGGUGAUAUCACAUGAAUUGGUACUACAUUAUCAUUAAUUCUACAAGGAAUCAUUUUAUUUGGUCACACGACUCUCAAAUGUACAAAGCGCAGCUAUAUAUGUGACAGUCAUGUGUAUAGUGUAACAUCGUCUCCCUAAAUUAGUGAUUACGCACGUAUCAUAUAAGUAAAUGAUACCCUUGAUUGUUAAUUUUGUCCGGAUCCGGAGUUCUUUCUGCAUUCCCUUGGUUGUGAAAAGUAACACUGAUUCCAUCCGCUUUCUUCAAAGCAAAUAAUGACAGUUGACCGUUUUCCCUU